AUGGACGUGCAGCGCUUGGCAGAGGGUCCCGUCAUGGAAGGUUCCAGCAAAUUCAACAACAUCCUGGGAUUGGGACACACUUUCUGGGCACUGCUGGCCAGUCCCAAAGUGGAACAUAAGGAAGUGGUUCUUCUACUUCUUUUAUUUCUGAAAUCAGGUCAAGGAGAGCCUCUGGAUGACUAUGUGAAUACCCAGGGGGCUUCACUGUUCAGUGUCACUAAGAAGCAGCUGGGGGCAGGAAGCAGAGAAGAAUGUGCAGCAAAAUGUGAGGAGGACAAAGAAUUCACCUGCAGGGCAUUCCAAUAUCACAGUAAAGAGCAACAAUGUGUGAUAAUGGCUGAAAACAGGAAGUCCUCCAUAAUCAUUAGGAUGAGAGACGUAGUUUUAUUUGAAAAGUAAAAGUGCAAGACUGGGAAUGGAAAGAACUAGAGAGGGACGAUGUCCAAAACAAAAAAUGGCAUCACCUGUCAAAAAUGGAGUUCCACUUCUCCCCGCAGACCUAGAUUCUCACCUGCUACACACCCCUCAGAGGGACUGGAGGAAUCCAGACAACGAUGCGCAGGGGCCCUGGUGCUAUACUACUGAUCCAGAACAGAGAUAUGACUACUGCGACAUUCCUGAGUGUGAAGGGCAGGAGUGGCUCUAGAAAAUGUUUUCAUUUCUGCCCUUCACCUGUAAAAUAAUUUGUUGUAAAGCCCCUUCCCACAGAGAUAUUAUUAAUAAUUGUGUAACGUGUUCACCUCUCGGAAAGGAGCAAAACUUUGCUCAGAUCCCAGAAUUAACCUGAUUUUUUUUUUUUUUCUGAGACAGAAUUUUGCUCUCAUUGCCCAGGCUAGAGUGCAGUGGUGCGAUCUCAGCUCACCACAACCUCCGCCUCUGGGUUCAAGCGAUUCUCCUACCUCAGCCUCCCAAGUAGCUGGAAUUACAUGCAUGUGCCACCAUGCCUGGCUAAUUUUAUAUUUUUAGUAGAGACAGGGUUUCUCCAUGUUGGUCAGGCUGGUCUUGAACUCUCGACCUCAGGUGAGCCGCCUGCCUCAGCCUCCCAAAUUGCUGGGAUUACAGGCGUGAGCCACCAUGCCCAGCAGACCUGAAUUAUUAUUAUUAAAAUGUUACAACAACAUGUACAAAUAUAAAACUACAUCUAAACCCUAAGUACAAACUUCUUAUGCUUAAAACUCUUACACAGUGUUAACCCCAAGACAGAUUUGCAAUUAAGUAGUUAAAAUAAAACAACAAAGUCAAUAAAAAUCAAAUAAACAAUACACAUUUAAUAUGGUAGACUUUGCUGUUUUGCUGAAGCUAAGCAAGGAACCAGUUUUUAAAUCAGCAAUCCGUUAUUUUCAUGGACUGAGCAAUUUAAUAGUGCACCUCAAAGGUCAAUGCUAAAAACUAAAAAAAAAAUUCCUACUGAAAAAACUGUCAUCGUUUCACAUUUCUGGCUACAUUAGUGCAAAAGGGAAUAAAUAAAGGUGAGAUUUGUGUGA